UGCCCCUUGAUGUUUGAAUGGUAUGGGGAGAAGUAUUGGGGAGCUGCACAUGGAUUGGCAGGGAUUAUGGAUGUUUUGAUGGACAUGGAAUUGAAGCCAGAUGAGGUUGAAGAUGUCAAGAGUACUCUCAAAUACAUGAUCGAUAAUCACUUUCCUAGUGGUAACUACCCUGCUAGUGAAGAAGAUAAAAACAGAGAUGUUCUUGUUCACUGGUGUCAUGGAGCUCCUGGAAUUGCCCUCACUCUUGCAAAAGCUGCAAAGGUUUUUGGAGAUAAAGAAUUUAUGGAAGCAGCUGUUGAUGCAGCAGAGGUGGUGUGGAAACGCGGACUGCUAAAGCGAGUUGGCAUUUGCCAUGGCAUUAGUGGGAAUGCAUAUGUGUUCCUUUCGCUCUACCAACUGACAGGAAAUCUAGGGUUCUUAUACAGAGCCAAAGCUUUUGCGUGUUUUCUAGUUGAUAGAGCUCACAAGCUUAUAUCAGAGGGAGAGCUCCAUAGAGGUGAUAGCCCUUACUCCUUGUUUGAAGGGGUUGGCGGUAUGGCUUAUCUUCUUUUGGACAUGAUUGAACCUUCUCAGGCAAAGUUUCCUGCUUACGAACAGUAAACUGUGUUUGUAAGAGGGAAGGGGAAGCCUCCUUUUGUAAAAUUACCGUCACUCGUUGCAAUUUAUACUGAGUAUAUAUGACAACUUUUCUGACCAGGUACCAGAAAAUGUACAUCUCCAUUUAGUUAAAACUGCAGUAGUCUCUCUAUUAUCUGAAUUUAAGUUUCACCAGUAGCA